AUGGACGGCAAACGACACCCCAGCUCGUUCCAGCAGCUUGAGAAGCUUGGAGAGGGAACAUAUGCAACUGUGUUCAAAGGCCGAAAUCGCCAGACGGGCGAGCUUGUUGCGCUCAAGGAGAUUCACCUCGAUUCUGAGGAGGGGACCCCCUCAACAGCUAUCCGCGAGAUUUCCCUCAUGAAAGAGCUCAAACACGAGAAUAUCGUCGGCCUCCACGAUGUCAUCCACACCGAAAACAAGCUGAUGCUCGUCUUCGAGUAUAUGGAUGGUGACCUCAAGCGGUACAUGGAUACUCACGGUGAACGCGGAGCCCUGCCACCCACCACCAUCAAGUCCUUCAUGUACCAGCUCCUGAAGGGCAUUGAUUUCUGUCAUCAAAACCGUGUUCUCCACAGAGAUCUGAAGCCUCAGAAUCUUCUCAUCAAUAACAAGGGUAUACUGAAGCUGGGAGAUUUUGGUUUGGCGCGAGCCUUUGGAAUUCCGGUCAACACCUUCUCCAACGAAGUUGUCACCCUGUGGUACCGCGCCCCCGAUGUUCUGCUCGGCAGCAGGACGUAUAACACCAGCAUUGAUAUUUGGUCGGCUGGCUGCAUCAUGGCGGAGAUGUAUACUGGCCGCCCGCUUUUCCCUGGAACAACCAAUGAGGACCAGAUCGUGAAAAUCUUCAGAAUUAUGGGUACGCCCACUGAGCGCACAUGGCCGGGUAUCACACAGCUUCCCGAGUAUAAACCAAAUUUCCAGAUGUAUGCCACCCAGGAUCUGAGGAACAUCCUGCAGGCAAUCGAUCCCACCGGCAUUGAUCUGCUUCAACGUAUGCUGCAGUUGCGACCAGAACUGCGAAUCAGCGCUCAGGACGCUCUUCAACACCCAUGGUUUAAUGAUCUCGUCAUGCAGCAGCAGCAACAUCACCACCACCACCAACAGCAGGCUAUGCAGGCGCAAGCCAGACACUACCAACAGGGCGUCCAAACCCCUGGCUAUGACGGAUACAACUAG